CUAUCAUAGACGAUCUAUUGUAUGAUCAAUAUUAUCAACAGCACCAAGAUGAUCUUCUCCGACUCGGACAUUUGAAAUCCCUGGGGAUUUCAGAUGAUUCAUUGGAUUUGGGGCGCCAAACUGGUUAUUUUUCAACAAGCCCUGUGACUACUCCGCUGUUGCCUAUUCAGGAAGACUUUGGUGACCGUGGGCGCUCCUGGAACACGCCUACAUCUCGCCCCCCGCAGCAGUUUGACUUUAUGGCUCGAGAGCUUGAGCUCUCACAGGGUAGAUGUACUGAGUGCAAUGGUGUGUCGGACCAAAAUGAUAAAGGCACUCCGCAGGUCAUGACACCUCAUUCAAUUUCGAGUUUACAAUCUUCGUCUCCAACGUGUUUGCUUCCGCCAUGUGAAUGUACAGGUCAAGGACCAUUAGUCUCUCGGGAGGGAUCAUUUGAAGACUUUUAUCCACAAAUGUCAUCCCCUAAUGCUUCCAUAUCAAGCAAGUCCGAGACCUGUGCUGAUACCUAUCCUCAAGGCUCCUCAAAGUUUCUGUCGUAUUCAGAUAUUGUCAAGGUCCCGCCCAAGCCUACAAGCAAAAGUCCUAAUAAGGAAGAUGCGCUCUACCAGGACCUGAAGCGCCGAGGGAACACGAACACGUCGUUGGACGAGUCAGAAUAUCGACUCAACCUGUUCCUUAGAAAUCUGGAGCCAACUAUGAAUGAAUACAAGCUCUAUGAGAUUUGUGUACAGUAUGUACAAUUUGGGCCUGUCAUGUCAUGUAGGACUAUUACAAGCCAUGGAGCCUGUGUAGGCCUUGGUUUUGUUAUGUAUAUUGGUAAAAAGAGUGCAGAUCGUGCGAUCGAGGGAUUGAAAGAGCUAGGAUACCAUGCUGAGGUUGCUGUGGAAUCGGCCACAGAAAAGUUACGCUGCAAGGUACUGUCAGACCUACUCUUUAUUCAGAAUAUUCCACCUCAUAUCAAAGAAAACAAGCUUCGUGAUUAUUUCAGGCCUUUUAAUCUCUUGUCGUGUAAUAUCCUCCGAGAUCCUAAGACAGAGAAGAGUAGAGGCGUGGGAUUUAUUAAAGUAAAAGACGUUAGGACCGCUGAACGACUUAUUGAACAAUUCCAUGGUCGAGUACUGGGCAAGGAUUGGAAAAUGCCCAUUCAGGUCUCUCCUGCUAAAUAAUAGAUAGCCACUACAAUGCAAAGGCUUUGUAGGUUAUAAGUUUGCGCAUCAUAUCAUUAAUUCUUGGCACAACUACACGAAUUCGCUGUGAAUAAUAACAUUAUUAAAAAAAAAUAAAAAAAAAAAUCCAGUUAGUCUUAAGCAAAGUCAGAGCAAGCAUAUGCGAAUGUUUAGUUCAAAAGCUUCGCAGGUAUUCU